AGAUGCAGAGGAGAAGCAAAUGACAGAUCAAUGGGGUAUCAAACUGUGGCUGGAGGAUCUCGAGGACUUGGCUUACGAUCUCGAUGACGUGCUGGACGAGUUUGCCACUGAAGCUUUGCGGCAAAAGGUGAUGGAAAAGCCUCGAGCUAGCACCAGCAAGGUACGUGCCUUAGUACCUACUUGUUGUAUGAAUUUCAAACCAAGCACCAUAGUAUCUGGUUAUAGGAUGAGGUCCCAGAUAGAUGCGAUCACUGCCAGGUUGCAAGAUCUUUUUGAUCGCAGAUCGGGGCUUGGCUUGCAAGUCGGGCCAUCUGCUAAAGCUCCACAAAGGCCACAAACUUCAUCUUUGAAUCUUGAACAACGUUUAUAUGGUAGGGAUGGAGAUAAAAAAGCGAUACUAGAGUUGCUCCAAUGCGGUCAAUCUAGUAAUGAAAAGGUAGGUAUAGUUCCCAUUGUGGGUAUGGGUGGGGUCGGCAAGACCACCCUUGCUCAGGAUGUCUACAACGACGAAACGGUGGGAGAACAUUUUGAGAUGAAAGCGUGGGUUUGUGUAUCUGAAGUGUUUGAUAUUGUGGGUGUGACCAAAACGAUUCUCGAGUCUGUCACUUCCCAGACUUGCCAUUUUAACACACUGGAUCAAGUUCAAAAUCAACUAAAGAAGGCCGUAACCGGGAAGAAGUUCUUGAUUGUUCUAGAUGAUGUCUGGAAUGAAAAGUAUGGUGAUUGGAUCAGUUUAAAGAGUCCCUUUAAUGAUGGAGCCUUAGGAAGUAAGGUAAUAGUAACAACACGUAAUAGGGAGGUUGCAUCGAUGAUGGCCGGAAUCGAUAAAUUUCAUCCCUUGAGGGAACUAUCAGAGGAUGAUUGUUGGUCCGUGUUUGAACAACAUGCAUUUGAGAAUAGAAGAAUCGACGAAAGUUCAGAUUUGGUUUCAAUUGGUCGAAAGAUUGUGAAAAAAUGCAAUGGGUUGCCUUUGGCUGCGAGGACACUGGGUGGCCUUCUACGGUGUAAAGACAGAGAUGAUGAGUGGGAAGAAGUAUUGAAUAGUAAGAUGUGGGAGUUAUCAGACAAGAAAAGUGACAUUCUUCCCUCUUUGAGAUUAAGCUACUAUCACCUCCCUUCACAUUUGAAGAAAUGUUUUGGAUAUUGCUCCAUACUACCUAAGAAUUAUGAAUUUGAGGAAAAGGAACUAGUUUUCUGGUGGAUGGCGGAAGGCUUAAUUCAGAAACCAACGGGACAAAAGCAAAUGGAAGAUCUUGGAUGUGAUUACUUUCGUGAAUUGUCAUCGAGGUCAUUUUUUCAAUCGUCAAGCCGUGGUGAAGUCUCACUAUUUGUUAUGCACGACCUCAUCAACGAUUUGGCUCAAUUCGUAGCAAGACAAAUUUGUUUUAGGAUGGAGGAGAAGCUUGAAUACAAUGAGGGGGACACAAUUAUCACUAAGGCUCGUCAUUCAUCCUACACACGUGGCUAUCGAGAUGGCAUAAAAAAGUUUGAGAUCUUCCAAAAAGUCAAAAAUCUUCGGUCUUUUUUACCGUUCGGAUUGAGAGAUCGAGGUACCAACCAAUCAAAUUCCUACUUGACCAGUGAUGUUCCCCUUCAAUUGUUGCCAAGUCUUAGACGCUUACGCGUGCUUAGUUUGAGAAGAUAUCUAAUCUGUGAACUUUCAAGUACGAUUGGAGAUUUGAAACAUGUGAGGUUUCUUGACCUUACAUGUGCCUUGAUUGCUACAUUACCGGAAUCAGUAGGCACUCUCUAUAACCUACAAACACUAAUAUUAAGAGAUUGUAGAAAUCUCAACAAGUUGCCAACAAACAUGAGUAACCUUAUUAACUUGCGGCAUCUGGAUGUUACUGGAGCAGAUUCCUUACAAGAAAUGCCACCAAAAAUUGGUAAAUUGACAAGUCUUCAAACAUUAUCAAACUUCAUCGUCAGCCAAGGCAAUGGGUCUACCAUCAAUGAGUUGGGCACCUUGAUUCAACUUAGAGGGACACUUUGCAUAUCAGGGUUGGAGAACGUGGAGAAUGCUCAGGAUGUCAGGAGGGCCAUCUUGAAGGAUAAACAACACUUAGAUGUGUUGUUGAUGAAAUGGAGUAACAUCUCAGAUAAUUCUCGCGAUCCAAGUGUUGACUCAGAAGUGCUUGAUAUGCUAAGACCUCACGAGAAGUUAAAAGAGCUUACCAUUAGUGGCUACCAUGGCCUAACAUUUCCGACUUGGGUUAGAAAUUCUGUGUUCACUAACAUGGUCAACUUGAAGUUCCAAAAUUGUGAAAGAUGCAUUUCCUUGCCGCCACUGGGUCGAUUACCCUCACUUACAAGACUUUACAUUCAAGGUACAAAAGCAUUACAAAACAUUGGACUUGAGUUCUACGGGUCAGGCUGCUCACAUCCCUUCCCAGCUCUAGAGUUUUUGACCUUUGAGGACAUGCCUGAAUGGAAAGACUGGUCUCCUUUUGAAGGGGAGGUAGGCGCUCAAGCAUUUUUGCGCUUGUCAGAGAUCUCCAUAAAAAGGUGUCCCAAGCUUUUGGGAAAAUUGCCCAACAAUCUUCCUUCCUUAAGAAAGCUGGAUAUUGAAGAUUGCUCGGUGUUGGUGGUUGCAUGGGUUCCAAUCCCUAAAGGGCUAAUUGAAGUGAGGAAUACACUUCAGUUUGAUUCACUCAUCUCAUUAUCUCUCAAAGAUGUUUAUAUUCCGAACUCCUUUAAUAAUUCAGAAGUGGGUAAUGAUGCAGGUGCGGUAGAAAAUGCAAGGUAUGGCCAUUUGAGCUCACUGACUUCCUUAAGAAUUAAAAACAUUCAAGGUCUCACGUGCCUACCCAGUUGGUUUGUUCAAGGGCUGGCGGGACUCCAAGAACUCUCUGUCUAUGGUUGUCUUGUAUCAAAUGGACAGAACCUUGUAUCAAAUGGACAGAACGUGCAUCAUAGUCAGGGACGCGUGGCAAUUGGACAAAGGACAAGUGAAACACAUCUAGAUCGUGGAAAGAGGCAGUUGAAGAUGAAGCACUGA